AUGGCUGUUUUAGCAUUUAACUCAACUGGCCAAGCAAUCAAAGGCCUGAAUUACGUAUUAAACCAAAACAUUUCAAAUUAUAUUGAUUCAAUGUCAGGUUUAGAUGACCAAACUAAGGCAGCAAUGAAACAAUACAUACAAUUCAAGCCUAAUGGUGAUCCAUCGAAAGGAUUUAACCCACCAAACAUCAGGACAACCAAAAUGCAACGACCAAAAGUCACAAAUCAGAUGCCAAUUGACAUGGUUGUAUCAUUAUUUGCAUCUAUUCCUAUUGUCAUUGCUUCUUUACCUGAUUUAUCAUUGAUUUUAAAUGAUAAAGAGUCACACAUGAUGACAUUUAUUUAUAUGAUGGGUGCUUCAGAAACAUCAUAUUGGAUUGUUAAUAUUGUUUCAACAUUUUUGAUGUGUUUUAUUCCAUAUUUAGUCAUUGAUUUAUUAUUUGCAUUUUGGCUUUGUAUGGCAGGCACAGAUUUUACUUUGUUGUUUGUUUUGUCAUUGAUAUUUAUCUUGGCUUACACACAAUUCCAGAAUUUCUUUAGUACAUUCUUUAACAAAGCUGCUGGAGCAAGAAUAUUAACUAUUAUAUUUUUGAUUUUGUGCAUGUUCUUUUCGUAUUUGAAUUCAGUUUAUACAUUAACAAGUCCAACAGCUGUUAAACACAUUUUCUCAUUGAUUCCUUUCGUGUCAUGGCAAUUGUCUAUAGCUGUUAUGUAUGAAGAAGUGAGAUUAAAUAGACCUGCAAUACAAUGGAAAGAUGUCAGUUCAGAAAAAUACAAAUAUCCUAUUUAUUAUUCAUUUAUGUGGUUAUCAAUUGAUUUUGUAUUAUGGGGUUUGUUGUUUUUGUUCUUUAAUGCUGUUUUGGAUCGUGGAUUUGGUAAUCAACCAAUUAAACUCAAAAAUCUGUUUAGAAAGAAUCGAAAAGUUUCUUCUGAAAAAACUGAAUUGCAAGAUUUAGAAAAAGAUCAAAUAAUUUUAGCAGAAAAUGUAGUUAAAAGAUAUCCUAAGAGUGAUGUUAAUGCUAUUGAUGAUAUUUCAUUUUCUGUAUCUAAAGGAGAAAUCAUUGUUAUGAUUGGUCCAAAUCGUGCAGGAAAAUCAUCAAUUUUAAAUGUUUUAAGUGGCUCAAUUCCUUUAACACAAGGAAAAGUUCAUUUAGAAGGUAAUGAUAAUACAAAAGUUAAUAAGAAUUUGGGUAUUGUUUUUCAAGAUAAUGUUAUUUAUAGACAUUUAUCUAUUAGAGAACAUUUAGAAAUAUUUGGUCGUAGAAGAGGUUUGGAUAAACAAACAUUACAAGACAGUAUUGAUUUCUUUUGUGAUAAUUUGCAAUUAAAAGAAAUGUUGCCAAACAGAGCAGGGGAUUUAAGUGGUGGCCAGAAGAGGAAACUAUGUAUUGCAAUGUCUUUGUUAGGAAAUCCACCAAUUAUAAUGAUGGAUGA